GGCCUCAAUGGCUGGAGCUGCGCUGAUCCAAAGCCAGGAGCCAGGAGCUUCUUCUGGGUCUCCCACGCAGGUGCAGGGGCUGAGGGACUUGGACCAUCUUCUACUGCUUUCCCAGGCCAUAGCAGAGAGCUGAAUUGGAAGUGGAGCAGCCAGGUCUCGAACCGGUGCCCAUAUGGGAUGCCUGCGCUUCAGGCCAGGGUGUUAACCCCCUGCGCCACAGCGCCGGCCCCCACCCUGCCUCUCUUAUAUCAGCAUGUGUCACGAGAAUCCAAGAAGAUACCUCCCAAAAUAAUGUUUUUUCUUUUUAAAGAUUUAUUUAUUUAUUUGAAAGGCAGAAUUACAGAGGCAGAGAAGGGAGAGAGAGAGAUCUUCCAUCCACUGAUUCACUCCCCAAAUGGGCCAUAGUGUCCAGGGCAGGAGCAGGCCAAAGCAGGAAUCCGGAACUCCAUCCAUGUCUCCGCCAUGGGUGGCAGGGGCCCAAGCACUUGAACCAUCCUCUGCUACUUUCCCAGGUAUGUUAGCAGGGAGGUGGAUCACAAGUGGAGCAGUUGGAACUCAAGCCAGUGCACAUAUGGGAUGCCAGUGCCAUAGGAGGUGGCGUCACCCACUGUGCCACAACCCUGGUGCUCCCCAGAUCUCCUGAAAAGCCCCUAGGUAUGAUUGGCAGGGACUGAAGAAUGUACCCUAGUCACCUGGCCAGAUUCCAGGGUGGGACACUGAAUCUGGCUUCAGAAAUUCUCUCCUGCUACCUACACUGGAUGUAGCCUUGGUUCUGACCUCUGCUGCUUGGUAAGGAGCAGUGUUGCUACUGUCGUGUUCUGCCCUGCGUUGCCUCCUGUGCCCUGCCAUUCUCUGGAAAGGAGUUCAGCACCCGGCCUCGGAGCCUGUGUUCAGACUGCACAUUGGAAAGGCUUUGUUCCCAGUUCAGCUGUCUUUGCUGAUGUGGCCGCUGUGCCAGUUUCUUGUCCAUGGAGUAAAGGUGAUGACUGCUUAGGACGACGCCAGCUACAGAUUGUGGAAUGAUCUGGAAAACUUGGAAUGUGCCUCUCUACUGUGAGGUCAUCUUGAAGGAGGACCUUCCCGCCUGUGUACCAGUAGCAGGCCAGGGAGGCGUGCUGUUCCUUUUCUGCUCCUGCAGUGCCUUUCCAGAAUGUUCUAGAAGCAAAUGGAAGGCUGCCUUCUCAUGAGCCAUCAUGGACAACAGACUAGGUUUGGGGGACUUGGGGUCACCCUGAAGGAUGGCACAGAGUAGGAUUAAGCAUGAGAACAUCGUUGCCCUGGAAGACAUUUACGAAAGCCCAAAUCACCUGUACUUGGUCAUGCAACUUGUGUCUGGCGGAGAGCUGUUUGAUCGGAUAGUGGAGAAGGGGUUUUACACCGAGAAGGAUGCCAGCACGCUGAUCCGCCAGGUCUUAGAUGCUGUGUACUAUCUCCACAGAAUGGGCAUCGUCCACAGAGACCUUAAGCCUGAAAAUCUGUUAUACUACAGUCAAGAUGAGGAGUCCAAAAUCAUGAUCAGUGACUUUGGAUUGUCCAAAAUGGAGGGCAAAGGAGACGUGAUGUCCACAGCCUGCGGAACCCCUGGCUACGUGGCUCCUGAAGUUCUUGCCCAGAAACCCUACAGCAAAGCCGUUGACUGCUGGUCCAUCGGGGUGAUCGCCUACAUCUUGCUGUGCGGCUACCCACCUUUCUACGAUGAAAACGACUCCAAGCUCUUCGAACAGAUCCUCAAGGCGGAAUAUGAGUUUGACUCCCCAUACUGGGACGACAUCUCUGACUCUGCAAAAGACUUCAUUCGGAAUCUGAUGGAGAAAGACCCAAACAAAAGAUACACGUGUGAGCAGGCAGCUCGGCACCCAUGGAUCGCCGGGGACACGGCCCUCAGUAAGAACAUCCACGAGUCCGUCAGCGCCCAGAUCCGGAAGAACUUCGCCAAGAGCAAGUGGAGACAAGCGUUCAACGCCACAGCUGUCGUGAGACACAUGAGAAGACUACAUCUCGGCAGCAGCCUGGACAGCUCAAAUGCAAGUGUUUCGAGCAGCCUCAGUCUGGCCAGCCAAAAAGAUUGUCUGGCACCUUCCACGCUCUGUAGUUUCGUUUCUUCUUCGUCGGGGGUCUCAGGAGUCGGAGCCGAGCGGAGACCCAGGCCCACCACUGUGACCACAGUGCACACUGGAAGCAAGUGACUGGCCCUGGAGGCGGGGCCGGGGGUGGGGCCGGGGGUGGGGCCAGGGAGGAGGAGCCUCGCCAGCCAGCCUCCCCCCUGCCCUGCAUGGUGCACCUUCCUGCGCAGGACUGGAAGACAGAAGUUUUUUAUGGCCAUAUUUUAUACUGCAAUUCUGAAACGUUCAUUUCUCACAAACUCUGCAGACUCAAGGGGAGCUGAUCUCAUAGGACCUGGUGCUGUACAUAGGAAUCUUGCAAAGCGCUGACUCAGUGGCCCUGCUUUUAUUCCCCCCGGCCCCCUCCUCCCACCCCCGCUUCUCUUCUCAGUGUAGGGGAACCGUCUAUGGUGUAUGUUCUUUUUUUCAUUGAUGACACACACAUACACACAAAAAGGUUUCAACUGGAUUAUUUAAAUAUGGGUAAAUAUUGUGCAUUAGGGCUUGGCUUUUGGGGUUUUUUCCUUUUAAGAAGUAUGCCCUCCCAAGUGCUAGCUCUUAGUUCCGUGACCUAUAUUGUUUGCUCUUCAAGAGGAGUUUAGUGCUACCCUUUAAGAUAUUUUUCUUCUCCUUCCUCCGAGGGAAAUUUAAAGUUAUUUUUGGGAUCUGUCUCCAAGGCUAAGAGUGCACCUCACACCUCACUGCUGCUCCCUCUCUUCCUGUCCCCUUCCUUCGACCAUGUCACCUUGCGGUUGUCUCUCCAGGGUGGCUUUGGGAAACCUGCAGGGAGAAAAUAAAAAAAAAAAAAACUUUCCCAGCAGCUCCUCCAGGAGACCCCACCCAACCCCAGUACCCCAGGGCGCCUCUCGCCAACAGGGGUCAGCAGAGAGCAGCCUGCUCCCUCCCACAGGCCAGGCUACCGUUCUUAGGCUGCGCGCACUGCAGAUGGAGCCGCCCUUAAACCAAGAUGUGAGAGCUUUCCUUACAAACAGAACCAGCUGCCCGCGUCCAGCCCUCACGUCUCACAACGGGGUGACAGGUGACAGCUCUGAUCUCAGCUAUGCAGUUUUUUAAAUGAAUCUCUCUCUCUCUACGUGAUUUUUUUUAAUGCAUUUCUAGUCUUAUACUUCCAACGGCCUCCAACUCACACAAGUUGUUCCUCCACAUCCAUACCUUUGUAGUCUCAGAUGAGCGCCAUCUCAGCGAAGGGAAAGGAGGCAGCAUGAAAAAGGAUAGUAAAGAGAGGUGACCCGCCUCUCAGGCGGGACACUGGUGGCGGCAGAGAUGGCCAGAGGUGGCCUCAACCAGGCACUGCUGGUGGAGUCUAAAUAAAAUCAAAGGCCUGUGGCUGGGAGAGUCACCAGAUGCCCUAGUUUGCCUGCCACUGAGGGUUUUCCAGCACGCAGCACUGUUAGGUCCAGGCAAACCAGGCCACGACAUUCACCAUGGUGUGGAGAGUGAGCUUGCUGGGCCACCCCAGGCAGGUGGCCUCCCCCAGCCCUCAGGCCCACUUGGUCAGCCUGGAGCCUGUGGGCCCAGGGCGUCUGCCUGAUGGCAUGUGAGGUUGCUCUCCUAGCUGUUGUCCUCACACCCACCCCUAUGCUCAGCCAGUUGUGGGAGGUCCUGUUAGGCCAUCUUUGUCACCUCCACACCUUUGCCUAUGUCAAGGCCAAGUGUUUAGUGAUAUUCCCCAGUGCUGCCCAGCACACACUCACAUACAAUGCCACUGCCCUCAGCAGCUCCACCCUACCUCCCUGAGCACAGCAGCACAGGUACCAUGUAGAAGAGUGAAUGGGAAAGCAGUCAGCUGGUCUACCUUACCCGCCCCCCCCCCCCCCCCCCCCCCCCACACAUACACACACAUCCCAGGCACUUGGCUGCUUGGCAGGAAUCUUGCUUGGUGUCAGCAAGCACGUGCACACUGGGCUAGAAAUCAAGCUACUACUCUUCAAAAAUCUGUAGAAGGCGUAGGAAAUGACAGCAGACCCAGUUAAGAGGCGAGCGUGGCCAGAGUUGGAUAGGCAUCUACCCACCCCCACCCCCCACAUCUUCACAAGGGCAGUGACAGGAGUAUUAGGAAGAGUGUUUGAGAAACUGAGAAGCCUCUGCAGGAGGUUUGAUUGAUGUUGCUUACUAGCAAGUGUCGUGAAAGCAUUUAAUUUCCCACACUAUAAAAAAAAAGUCAAUAGAAAGUUGCAGGGGGUAAAAUUCUACCUGAACUUGGCACUGAUCACUGAUGAUGUGAUGAUGUGUAUGUACAUGAGGCGUUAGGAGCAAGUUUUUUUUUUUUCUUUGUGCUGUACAAGAUCUUCUAUCCAGAAAGCAACAUUCUAAGCCAAAUUCUAUUCCUGGUGAUGAGGAUCGUUAGGGAGGCUGCUGCAGGCGGUGCAGGUUAUAUGCAGGUGGUUUGACGGGGGUCUCUUACCUGAGAUGCAUAGAGCAGCUGCCAGGUGAGCAGUGGAGCCAGUUCCCUCCCUGCCGUCUGCGUCAGUUCUUGGCCAUGCUUGGCCUGUGGCCGUCAGGUCUCCAUAUCCUACUGGGAGGAGCUAGUGACGGGUUUCAGCCCAAGAGGAGACUCUGGAAUGCAACACCAGAAGUGCAUGCAGUCUGGAUGCUUGCAGACGUGGGCUGUGUCCUGUGUGUUAGGAAGGGGAGAAAGCAAGUGGUGCUUGGAACAGCUGCUUGGGAAAGCCUUGGCUGUUUUGAGAGUACCCAGAGGUUCUCUGCCGACUGCAUGUGGGAGGAAUGGUUUUGUUACAAAGGCAGGAGAGAGCCCAGGAUGUGUCCUUUGUUCAGACCUGACAAACGGAGAGGUCAAGUCCUAGAAGCCUCACUCAUGCCCAGCGUCACCAGUAGCAGCUGAGUGCUGCCUGCCCGCACCCAGAGUAUCCAGCAGAGGCUGAGGGUGGACAGAGUCCACCACAGCUUCUUCCCUAACUCCAGGCACCCCCACCCCCACCGUGCCACCCUCCAGUUUGCUCUGUUCCCCUCCUGGAGCAAGUAGACUAUGUUCCCGCAUGGUGAAUGUUAAAUGUUCAAGGAGCGUUCUAGAAUGCUCCUGUCCUUGGCUGCCUCUUGGUCUCUCCCUUCCUUCCCCCAUCUUCAUCUCAGAAGUGAGGCAGGCAGAGUAGCUGCUGUCCAGCUAAAACAGCAAGUGGGUGCCCACACUCGGGUCCAGUAGGCCAGCCACUUAUCGCUGUUAAUCCAGGCCUGCCCCGGUCUGGGCUGCCCUCUGCACCCCCACAGCCUGACUCCCCAUCGGGCAUACUGUGGGCUGGCGCCUCAGAUUGGGAUGAGGCAAAAGCAGCUGGAGGCAGGAUGGGUAGAGCCUGCCUAGGACACAGGCAUCCAGCCUGAGAUGAGGAGGAGCCUAGUUUGACUGACAGCACCUCCAGGACUGUGCAUGGCAUCUGCAGUACACAUGGUUGGUUCUCACCACUGUCUAUUGCCCUGGACUCCAUGGGAGAAUAGAAAAGAUAAUCUUCCACACCCCCACCUUUUUAUAAAGAAAAAAAAAAAAAAGGGAAAACAUGCCAAACAGAAAAAGAAAAAAAAAAAACAACAGGCGUGAUUUAGUGGUCUUGACCAUGAUCAUGAUUCUGGUGACUUCUAGAAUUUCCCCUCCAGAACAGAGGGAAGCCUGUGGCCUUGGGUGCUGGGCAUUGAGGCUUAGGGCAAAGGGAGAUAUCCGUGGCUGAACAGGCAAAGAUUGGGUUCUUAGAAGACGUUAGCGAUUUCAUCAAAGGGAUUUGGCAGAUUGAGCCCCAGACUGAGUUUACACAGUGCUCAUCUCCUGCUGUUGGUUUUGUCACCUUGUUGCCCAGCAGUCAAGUCCUGAUAGGUUGUGGUGGGACACACAGGAGGGAGCCAAGUGGUCCCUGGCCUCCUAGCAGAUGGUCUAAACUGCUGUACCCUACCCCCAGAUGUGGACAUCAUAUAAGCAGAAACAGGAGACCAUGGCCCAGUAGAGGUAGACUGAGUAUCUUAGGGCUUUGGGUACCAUGGUCCAGCGGCCCAGCCAGAGCCUUGGCCAGACUGGAUUUUUCCCAUUGGAAAAGCCAUACAAGGACCCCAUUUUCCCAAGGCUGAAGGCUACGGCUUCCCCCACUUCAGCCAGCAAGGCCCUCCUAUUUCAUAGGAAUCCCAUGAGUGCACCUGCUAGGUUUCCUUAGGGUAGAAGAAAGGAAGGCGAGGGCUGGCACAGGGCAGCUCCUCCCAUUUUUCAUCAACAGAAAUGAGUUAGACUCUCUUUGCACCCUCACUUCCAGCAAGUGCAGUGCAGGUCCUCAGCCUCAACCUGUGCACGCCGCCCCCGCAUGUUCUGAAACCCUGCUGUCACCCCGUCACCCUCUGCGAGGUUUGCCUUUUCCUUACACACAUUCCAGACCAAACACUGUUCUGUUUGUUUUCAAAAAGAAAAUGUAUAUACUUGUAUGUGAUUUCCCCCGCCCCACCCCACUCUUUUGGGGAUGGUACUUGGUCCUAGGUUGGGGCUACAAGUGCACCUGACGUCGGCAAAAGCUGUUCCAGGCCGUGGAUCUCCAGAAAUGACAGUGUUGCCAUGGAAGAAGCUGCCUUGGGCUCAACAGAGUCCAGAAAAGGGGACUUACUGUCCAAAGACUCCAAGAAAUUGAGUGUGCACACGAGGUAGUUCAACAGCCACAGCUGUGGUUAGCAGGAAGGAUGAGAAAGGCCCAUGUCCUGUUCGCCUGGGACCGUCUUGGAGGUGCAGUAUGUGGCGUUCUGCAGCCCCACCAUGAAGCCCACCUUGCAUGCUGGCCGUGGGGCCUGGCCUGCCUCCCACUCCACCCAGGCGGCCUGGCCCCUGCCUCCACAGUCAGCCGGAAGGAGCGGGCCCUCCUGGACUUUCGCCACCUCCAGCAGGAGCAGCUCUGCUUGUGGCUCUGGGGGCUUCGCUUUCACAAACCUAAAGGCUGCGCAUCUGGAAGCCAGACGCCCAGCAUGCGGCUGCCGAGUCUGGGUUCGUGGAUAAAGCAAACAGUGGAAUGGCUUCUCGGUGUCUGUGUCUUUUCUACACCAAAGGGACAAACUGUCACCUUCACUCUUUGUACCAAGGCCGCUUCUGCAUUCGCCGUAUCCGUUUUUAACCUUUUCUGUCUCCGGGGAACUUGUCAUACAAUUAUUAACGUCGUCAGAUGAUUUGCUAUAUGACUGUAUUUUACUUACAGGUGAUUUUAUUUUUCUUAUGGACAGGAGAAAAAAAAUGAGGGAAGUGUUUGAGGCUUUAGUCUGAGGAUGAGACGUCAGCAGGGACUCCAAAGACUCGGACACCAGUUAGAUUGCUUCUCAGAGGAAAAAAAUAAUAGUCUGGACACAUAGGAUUCUCAGCCUGCCUGGAAGAGCAAGGGCCCUGGGGCAGGACUGAUAGCCAGUCUGGGAGACAGGUAAAGAAGGAAUGGGGGCAUCGGCUCUGAAGUUCAUCCUGCAGCACCCUCCUCCUGGGCUCCUUGGCUCUGCCAGUGACAUGAGACGUUGUCCAGACAGCAACAGAACCGCUGCCAUGCUGCGCUGCCUCUGGUGUCAAAGAGAGGGCAGCAUGUUUGAGAGAACAGGUGUCUUAGUCCCCGUUCAGGUGAGGAGACACCUGAGGGAUGCUGUGCCCAGAAUAAACAUUGGAACAACUUCCAAAUUGGCUUUUGUCGCUACACAUCACGUACUCACCCUUCUUUCGGCUCCCCCGACAGUGAGCAUGUUUUCCAAAAGCUUACCAAGGUCAAACCCAGAAACUUCUCCCUCUCUUCUAUUACCAGGCUUGCGAUUGGUUCAAUUUCUCCAUAAAAAAUGUGCUUGUCCAAAAGAAGGAAAACAGUGCAUUUAUCCCGUGCAUGUAAUAAAACGCUGCAAGAAGUGUAACCCACAUAGGUUUGCGGCACUGCAAAAUUGUUCAUGGGUCUCUGUAGCAAAUGAUUCUCUGCCUUGACAAUCAUGUAUACAUAUCAAGAUUUCUAUCAUAAUGACAAUGAGACUGAUGACUCCUUGUUUUCCUCCAAUAAAGACAGUUAAUCACCUUC